AUGCGCUCGCUGAGCAGCCGAGUGCUGCGCCACCAGGGCCGAGCCCAAGCCCAGCAGGAGCUGGGUUCUGGGGCUGGGGGCUCGGCCCGGAGGCCGGAGACUGGUGGCGACGCGGCCGCGCACGGCUUCUAUUACUGUCCGAGCAGCCGCAAGCGCAAGCGGAGCAGCGGGGCCUUCUGCUACUGUCACCCCGGUUCCGAGACAGACGAGGAUGAGCAGGAAGGGGACGGGCUGCAGCGACUCCUCAACACCCCUCGGAGGAAAACACUGAAGAGUACAUCCAAAUAUAUUUAUCAAACAUUAUUUUUAAAUGGUGAAAACAGUGACAUUAAGAUUUGUGCUCUGGAAGAGUGGAGCUUACACAAAAUGUAUUUAUGUCAAUCUGGCUACUUUCCUAGUAUGUUCAGUGGUUCAUGGAAGGAGUCCAGCAUGAAUAUUAUUGAACUGGAGACUCCAGACCAGAAUAUUGAUAUAGAAGCACUGCAGGUGACAUUUGGGUCAUUGUAUCGAGAUGAUGUCUUAAUAGAGCCCAGUCGAGUUAUUGCCAUUUUGGCAGCAGCUCGUAUGCUACAGUUGGAUGGUUUAAUACAGCAGUGUGGUGAGACAAUGAAGGAAACAAUUAAUGUGAAAACCGUAUGUGGCUAUGACACAUCGGCAGGGACCUAUGGACUGGAUUCUGUAAAGAAAAAGUGCCUUGAAUGGCUUCUAAACAAUUUGAUGACUCACCAGAAUGUUGAACUUUUUAAAGAACUCAGUAUAAAUGUCAUGAAACAACUCAUUGGUUCAUCUAACUUAUUUGUGAUGCAAGUGGAGAUGGAUGUAUACACAGACCUUAAAAAGUGGAUGUUCCUGUGGAUGUUCCUUCAACUUGUGCUUUCUUGGAAUGGAUCUUUAAAACAGCUUUUGACUGAAACAGAUGUCUGGUUUUCUAAGAGGAGAAAAGAUUUUGAAGGUAUGACCUUCCUUGAAACUGAGCAAGGAAAACCAUUUGUGUCAGUAUUCAGACAUUUAAGGUUACAGUAUAUUAUCAGUGAUUUGGCCUCUGCGAGAAUUAUCGAACAAGAUUCUCUAGUACCUUCAGAAUGGCUAUCUUCUGUGUAUAAACAGCAGUGGCUUGCUAUGCUCCGAGAAGAACAAGACAGUGAGGUGGGGUAA